UCAACUUGGAAGCUCCGGCAGCCUUGCUGAUUGCCUUCCCCCACAUCUCUUCACUCCACAACUACAUCACUCCACACAUCAAUCUCGCCCACUAUUGAGCCAUCGUAUUAUGCUACGAUGAAGCUUUCGCCGGUCGCUGCACCGUCACGAUGCCAACACAGCAGCCUCCGCCACAGGAGUACGCUCGAGUAGUGUUAAUACUCAUCCUGCUGUUCUUCCUCUACACAUCUCCCGACCAAGGCGCGCCUGCAGGCUUCCAAUCUCCCCACGAUUAUGCUGCCGAACGAAUCGAUCGAUUUCGACAUGCCCUUGAUGUUCUAAACCGUACAAAAUGGCAGGACUUCUCGCCGAAGACUGCAGACAAAUCGCGAUUCGAGGCGGCGAGAUACUUGAAUCUGACUGGGUUUCGAGAGGAAGAUGAUUAUGCUUGGGAGAGAGUAGAUGCGUUUAAGAAGAGGAGUCAGGAGUUCACUGAAGAGGCAACACGAAAUAAUGGAGCCGUCAAUGAUGUGUACCAGAACGUGACGGGAAUUGUUCAAGGCAAAUGGGUUAGAAAUACGGCUGAUCUCAAUGGGGAUCCAAGACCAAGAACCUUGAAUCUGACGGAAACAUCACCGGUUAUUGAUUGGGCCUUCCGGGAUGUAGAAUAUUGGACCAGGAAUAUAACAGGUAAAGGAGGGAAAAUGAUGCUCCGACUUGAGGAAAGCGAUACUGGAGGGGUAGAUGUGUAUCCGGACAUUUCCCAAGAUUCGAAAAUGCCUAUCGAUCCUGGAAGCAUUGCAAGAGAGAUAGCGGCCACUCUGACAAUCCAGGAUGAGAGCAGUACUGGUGAUGGAUGGGAUAUGAGAAUGCAUGGAGUCCAUUGGCCGAAGCAAGGAGUAAUGCUCCUAACAACCACGAGUGAGAAGUUCUCCGGCAUCUUUGGUCUACCUCACCUCACCUUGAACCCGGAACAGUUCAAGUCCAGCCAAAGGCUUCUGAAUAAGACCUUGGAGAGAGAGGUUGAGGGUCUGGAGAAAUCCAUCUGGCUCGACCUAAGCAAUCCAUGGUCAUCCAGCCCGGAUAGCCCAGGUGAUGCAACGAUGCCCGUUCCACACUGUGAAUAUGUGGUUUACGUGCAAGUCUACCCAAUGGAUUUAUCCUCGAUGAGUCUCAAGGCUCAAGUCGAUCCAGCCAGCAUCAUCAACACCAUUGAGCAAGAACUUCGAUUUCCAAACGGCGCCCCUGUCCCCGUGUUUCCUAGUCUGAAGAUGGCAACUGUGAUAUUUUCUCCUGACUGUGGCUUCAUGCUCGAGUCUGUUGGCCCUCCGAGCUUUGCACCGGCAGAUGGAACCCACCUCAAUGGCAAGAAACACGAAAUGUUUUUGCAUGAUAUCCAGAAAUGGCUACAUGCUUUUGCGCUUGUUGUGCUUGGACAGAUAUUACUCUUGAAAGUGCAGUCGAAAGAGGCAUCCACUCCGUCGACUGUUGGAAGGGUCAGUCUCUAUACGAUUGCCAUGAUGCUUAUGGCGGAUGCUUUAUUAUUCUCCAGCUUAUCGUUGCUGAGCGCAACUGCCCCGAAUCUCUUCCCCUCAGCGCUAUUGACAUCGUUCAGUGCAUUGAUGUCUGUUGCCCUGGGUGUGAGAUUUAUCUCGGCAGUUUACAGCGUCCAGGAGCCUGAAAGAAGGGAAGCAUCACGAGCACAACUGGCAGCGGAAGCUGCUUCACGACCAGCGCCCAGACCUGCUCCAACACCUGGGACCGUUCCAGCUGUAACACCAAUAAUUACGGCUGCUGGCGCUGACGUUACUCCGCAGCCUGCAGCUGCUCCGGCUCCCCCAGCUGAAGAACCUAUCAUCAUUCCAUCGGAUCAAGAUCUUGAUGCUGAGAUCGCUGAGAGGAUGAACGCAGCUGCUGCAGUACCUCUUCUUCCAACAACAAACAGGCCGGCAACAACACAACCUCCACGAAAUACUUCCAGCUUCGGCGCUGCAUAUAUCAAAUUCGUUCUCACGCUCACUUUCCUCCUCUUCCUCUCACUAUCAGCCAUCUCUUGGUCUGUACCUUUCCGUACAGGCUACAUCCAUAUUCUAUCCUUCACCUACUUCUCCUUCUGGCUCCCUCAAAUCAGACGAAACGUGAUUCGGAACUGCCGCAAAGGACUCUUGUGGAAGUUUAUCAUCGGCCAAUCAGUCUUGCGCCUUCUCCCAUUCGCAUAUUUCUAUCUGAAAGAAGAUAACAUUCUGUUCGUAGAAACGGACUGGAAGGCUUUCUGUUUGUUGGCAGGAUGGGUUUGGAUGCAGAUAUUGGUUCUGGUGGGCCAGGAAAUUCUUGGUCCUAGAUGGGCCCUACCAAAGAGCUGGUACGAGGAGGGUUGGGACUACCACCCUAUAUUGAGCGAGGACAACGUGGAAUCUGGUGGCCUGCCAAUAGGUCUUGUGAAGACUCCAGGAUCACCAACCCUGGAAAGAGUUCGUACAAGCGAGGAUAUGGGAAGCAGAAGCAAGAAGGAGGGUAACACGAGAAGUGUUGACUGUGCCAUCUGCAUGCAACUACUCGAAGUACCGGUUGUACCUGCUGGAGUAUCUACAUCUGGCGCAGCUGGGAGUGUGGUCGAGAUGCUAGCCCGAAGACUGUAUAUGGUCACGCCAUGCAAGCACAUAUUCCAUAGCGCAUGUUUAGAAGGAUGGAUGAGGUUUCGGUUGCAGUGCCCGAUUUGUAGAGAGGCACUGCCACCACUGUAAGAUACAUAAUUGCAUUGGGAGCGUUAGGCGUUUGGGCAUGUCAAUGGAAA